GAUUCACUCCGGUCCAGUAGAUGGCUGAAGAGCACCAAGAGUUGUUUUUCUAACCGCCUUAAAACAAGAUGAAAGAAGAGUUGACAGUCUGAGCGUCCAGUUCGAGUGAUGAAUGUCAGUGCGUUAUAAUGACAUCAGUGAAGAUUGAAGUGAAGCAGGAGGAGAUAAAAGAAGAAAACACAACAGAGGAACAACAGAGUGAUGAAGAUGAUGAUGAACAGCAGAUGCUGCAGACACCAAUGAAGAUUGAAGUGAAGCAGGAGGAGAUAAAAGAAGAAAACACAACAGAAGAACAACAGAGUGAUGAAGAUGAUGAUGAACAGCAGAUGCUGCAGACAUCAGUGAAGAUCGAAGUGAAACAGGAGAUAAAAGAAGAAAACACAACAGAGGAACAACAGAGUGAUGAAGAUGAUGAUUUUAUUCCUGCAGGACUGAUGGACAUGAAAAAGGAAAGUCAAGAGCUGAAUGAAGUGGAGGAGAAUCUUCAGUGUCAGAAACAGCAUGAUUUCACAGCUGGAGAAAAAUCUUUGAGUGUCUCAAAGACAAGAGACAAUUUCUCACCUAAAAAGCUUCAAAGAAGAGCGGCCAAAAAUACUUUCACAUGCCAUCAGUGUGGAAAAGAUUUCACAGAUAAAGGAAAACUUAAUGUACACACAAGGAUUCAUACUGGAGAGAAGCCUUUCUCAUGUCAUCACUGUGGAAAGAGUUUUUCUCAAAAAGAAAGUCUUAAUGUGCACAUAAGAGUUCACACUGGAGAGAAACCUUUCUCAUGCGAUCAAUGUGGUAAGAGUUUCACACGUAAAGAUAAUCUUGAUGUACACACAAGAGUUCACACUGGAGAAAAGCCUUUCACGUGCCAUCAAUGUGGUAAGAGUUUCACACGCAAAGAUAAUCUUGAUGUACACACAAGAGUUCACACUGGAGAGAAGCCUUUCACAUGCCAUCAGUGUGGAAAAGGUUUCAUAGAUAAAAGAAACCUUAAUAACCACACAAGGAUUCAUACCGGAGAGAGGCCUUACGCUUGCCAUGAGUGUGGAAAAGGUUUCAUAGAUAAAAGAAAACUUAAUAACCACUCGAGGAUUCAUACCGGAGAGAAGCCUUACAUGUGCCAUCUGUGUGGAAAAUGUUUCAUAGAUAAAAGAAAACGUAAUUUGCACAUAAAAGAUCACACUGCGGAGAAGCCUUUCACAUGCCAUCAGUGUUUUAAGAGUUUCACAAGUAAAGGUAAUCUUGAUUUACACACAAGAGUUCACACUGGAGACAAGCCUAACAUGUGCCUUCAGUGCGGAAAAGGGUUCACAGAUAAAGGAAAACUUAAUGUACACAUUAGGAUUCAUACCGGAGAGAAGCCAUACUCAUGUCAUCACUGUGGAAAGAGUUUUGCUCAUAAAGAAAGUCUUAUUGUGCACAUAAGAGUUCACACUGGAGAGAAACCUUUCUCAUGCCAUCAGUGUGGAAAGUGUUUCGCACGUAAAAAUAAUCUUGAUGUACACACAAGAAUUCACACUGGACAGAGGCCUUACACUUGCCAUCAGUGUGGAAAAGGUUUUGUAGAUAAAACAACUCUUAAUAAGCACACAAGGAUUCAUACUGGAGAGAGACCUUACACUUGCUCUCAGUGUGGAAAAGGUUUCAUAGAUAAAAGAAACCUAAAUAACCACACAACGAUUCAUACCGGAGAGAAGCCUUACACGUGCCAUCUGUGUGGAAAAGGUUUCGUAGAUAAAACAACUCUUAAUAAGCACACAAGGAUUCAUACUGGAGAGAAGCCUUACACUUGCCAUCAGUGUGGAAAAGGUUUUGUAGAUAAAAGAAACUUUAAUAAACACACAACGAUUCAUACUGGAGAGACGCCUUAAGGCCCCAGCACAAUUACAGAGAAGUUUUUCGUUCAGAGGUAAAAAGAAGUUCAAAACUGCUGAGCAACGACAUACUAUUAGCGAACAUUCAGACACUGGCCACGCUGCUGGGGAGGCAUUAAGAGGAACAUUUAAAUACGAGUAUGCUCAAGACUACUUAUAAAACAUCCAGGUGUGUAGAAUAUGCGGGGGACGUGUCCCCCUCACUUUCAGUAAAACCUAAGUUCGUCCCCCGAACUUUUUCACAGGGCAAAUAUGUUUACGUUGUCUGUAUUAUACAUCAAAUGUGUAAAUAUGUAAAUGUAAACGUUCAAAUUUACUGGUCAAUCUCUUAAGAGAUGAGACAACUGCUUAACCACGCACUGAAUGAGCUCAUCAUGUAGCGUCAUUUCCAUGGCAACCACGUCAGUCAUCUUGGCUAGAUCUGCAGCCACCGGUCAUUGGUCACAAACUCAAUGUGGCAAAGUACUUUCCACUCAUGUUUUUACUGUGACGUCAAGCAAUGUAAGUUGUCAUUUGGCAUCUGUUCAUGUUUUGAUGAUCUAUGAUAUUAUUAUGACAUGAUAGCUCGAAUCGGAAAGCGGAAGAAGCUUUCUUUUAAUUAGGCGUACAGUUGGAACUUGCGCCUAUAUGCACAUUUAUUCAUGCUUUUCAUCCAACGCUGGAUCACAGUGGGUGACAUAACUGUGCCUGAGCAUACAUCAUUUGCCCACUUUGACGAGCCACACACGACAAUAGGGGCUGAAAAUUUAAAUUAGCCAUAUAAUUGAAGUAUUAAUGCUGGUUUUGAGAUGGCUUAUAAAAUUUAACGUUAUCCACCCAGGAAAA